GUCUGUACCCAUUGAGCACGCUGUACGUGAGGGCGGUAGCGUGUGUUAGAAGUGUCUGUGUAAGUUUGGCGGGGGAUCCUCCGGCUGCGUCACCACACGGCAUUCUUCGCUCUCUCUCUCUCCAUUCUCCUCCAGCGCGGGAAGCUGCAGCGGGGAUCGGCAAAGGGCGUCCUGUAUCACCGCCAAGCGGAUACUGCGUCCUCCCUGGCCGGGGCAGACGGCGAGAACAUGGCGAAUAAAGAGAUGUUUGAAGAUACUGUGGAGGAGCGUGUCAUCAAUGAGGAGUACAAAAUUUGGAAAAAGAAUACUCCAUUCCUGUAUGACCUUGUAAUGACACAUGCCCUAGAAUGGCCAAGUCUUACAGUGCAAUGGCUGCCAGAUGUGACUAGACCAGAAGGAAAGGACUAUGCUUUGCAUUGGCUGGUGCUGGGCACUCAUACAUCAGAUGAACAGAAUCACCUUGUGGUAGCAAGAGUCCAAAUCCCUAAUGAUGAUGCACAAUUUGAUGCCUCUCAUUAUGACAGUGAAAAAGGAGAAUUUGGGGGCUUUGGUUCAGUUAGUGGCAAAAUUGAAACAGAAAUAAAGAUAAAUCAUGAGGGUGAAGUGAAUCGUGCACGAUAUAUGCCACAGAACCCAUGUAUCAUUGCAACAAAAACACCAUCAUCCGAUGUGCUGGUGUUUGACUAUACCAAGCAUCCAUCAAAGCCAGACCCAAGUGGCGAAUGUAACCCUGAUCUUCGAUUAAGAGGUCACCAGAAAGAAGGCUAUGGUCUGUCAUGGAAUUCAAACCUGAGUGGACAUUUGCUCAGUGCAUCAGAUGAUCAUACGGUUUGUUUAUGGGAUAUAAGUGCUGGGCCAAAAGAAGGCAAAGUAAUUGAUGCAAAAGCCAUAUUUACUGGCCAUUCAGCGGUCGUUGAGGAUGUGGCGUGGCACCUUUUGCAUGAAUCCUUAUUUGGUUCUGUGGCUGAUGAUCAGAAGCUAAUGAUAUGGGACACCAGGUCAAAUACUACAUCAAAGCCAAGCCAUUCUGUUGAUGCGCAUACUGCUGAGGUUAACUGUUUAUCCUUCAACCCGUACAGCGAAUUCAUUCUGGCAACUGGCUCUGCUGAUAAGACGGUAGCACUGUGGGAUCUCAGAAAUUUAAAAUUGAAACUUCAUUCUUUUGAAUCACAUAAAGAUGAGAUUUUUCAGGUUCAUUGGUCUCCUCACAAUGAAACUAUUCUGGCUUCUAGUGGCACUGAUCGCAGACUCAAUGUUUGGGAUUUGAGCAAAAUUGGUGAAGAACAGUCUGCAGAAGAUGCAGAGGAUGGACCUCCUGAGCUUUUAUUCAUCCAUGGUGGUCACACAGCAAAGAUCUCUGAUUUCAGCUGGAACCCCAAUGAACCAUGGGUUAUUUGCUCUGUUUCUGAAGACAAUAUUAUGCAGAUUUGGCAGAUGGCUGAGAAUAUUUACAAUGAUGAAGAGCCGGACGUAGCACCUUCCGAGUUGGAAGCACAAGGAUCUUAGAUUUUUUUUUUUCUUUCCCCAUCUCUUUUGUAUUUCUUUUUCACUUACAUUUGAAUAGCAAUGCUACCACAUAUUGUGAAUUGGUUGAUAUUCGUCUAAAUUAUCAUUUGGUUAAAAGGAGUAACCACACUCACUGACCAUAUUUUUCCUGUAUAUUGUAUUGUAUCAUUCUUGCUCUUUGUAUCUAACACAACCUGUGAAGUGGAUGAAUUAAAAAAAAA